GGGAGAAUAGCGAUGGAGGAUGGAACAGAGAGGAAUGUGGUGGGACCCUUCCCCAUCUCUCUCUGUAUUGUUCAUAAAUACAUGCAAGCAAGAUAGCAAGGAUAUUGACCAAAAGAUGAAGUUUGGGAAGGAGAUGAGAACUCAGAUGGUGGAGGAAUGGAGAGAUGCUCACGUCAACUACAACUUGCUCAAGUCCAUUUUGAAAGAUCUGUUGCAUUUCAGAGAGAGCGUUAAGCCGCCUCCACCUCGUUUCAGGAGGACAGUGAGCUUGUAUCGCAGUUUCAGUGGCCUAAGCAACCGCUACACCCACCACCGCCAUCAAGAUAGCUCGCUUCACCAAGACAACGACCGUGUCAUUCUGGUGAAUCAUGUGCAACAAGAUGGAAUGGAGGAGUACGAAACGGAACUUCUCAUGUCAUCUGAUGAAGGGGCAGAAUAUGAGAAGGUUUUUUUCAAGAGGCUGGAUCUAGAGUUCAACAAGGUUAAUCUAUUUUACAAGACAAAGGUAGAAGAGAUGAUGAGUGAAGCAGCUUCACUGGAUAAGCAGAUGGAAACCCUGAUUUCCAUGAGAAUUAUUGUUGAGAAGCCUUCUUAUGGAUCAGAUAAAAGGCCAAACAACUCAGAUUAUUUUUCUACCAAGUUUGCAUCAUCCAAGGAUGCAUUGGGUGAUGUUAGCAACUCAGGGAAUUACCACAUGGAUGUAACAAUUGAAGAUGCUAAGAGUGGUGAGAUAACUCAGAACCCUGAUUCAAUCUUGGUUCGACCAAAGAAAUAUAACAGAAGAGCUCUGUCAGAAAAGUGGAAUGGACUAGUCAUUGAAAAGGUACCCAUUGAAAAUUUUAAGAAAGUGGAGAUCAAUAUCACCCCUGAAACUCCACACUCCACGAUAAAGGCCUUUCUGAUGGACCCCAAAAACAAAGACCUACAUUUAACCCGGCAAGGCCUGAAGAAAACGGAAAAAUUACUACGAAGGGCAUUUAUAGAAUUUCAUUUGAAACUCCUCAUUUUGAAAAAUUACCGUGCCUUGAAUCUUUUGGCAUUCUCCAAGAUCAUGAAGAAGUAUGACAAGAUAGCAGAAAGGCAUGUGUCACGGUCUUACUUGGUGAUGGUGGAUAGGUCUUACCUUGGCAGUUUUGAGGAGGUUAUCAGACUUUUGGAAAGGGUCGAGGCUACCUUCAUCAAGCACUUUGCAAAUUCAAAUCGUGCAAAAGGGAUGAGGGCCUUAAGACUACAAGCCAAGAAAGAAAAUUAUAAAAUAACCUUUUCCUUAGGAUUCUUCACUGGUUGCGUACUAGCCCUCUUGAUGGCUCUUAGCAUACUAAUCCAUGCAAGGAAGAUUCUUAACAACCAUGGUGGUGCUCAGUAUAUGGAAAAUAUCUUUCCUCUUUAUAGCAUGUUUGGCUUCAUUAUCCUACACAUGCUAAUGUAUGCGGCAAACUUAUACUUCUGGAGGUGUUUUCGUGUCAAUUAUCCUUUCAUUUUUGGCUUCAAGCAAGGAAGUGAGUUGGGUUAUAGGGAAGUCUUGCUUCUAAGCAACGGUCUCACAGUACUUUCACUAGCAAGUGUCGUAUCAAACUUGUACAUGAAGAUGAACCCAGAAACAAAAGACUAUCAAGCUCUAACGGAACUAAUCCCUCUAGGACUAUUUAUAUUUAUCCUUCUCCUGUUAAGUUGUCCUCUCAACAUUGUUUUCCGUUCAAGUCGUUUCUUCCUCCUGCGAUCUGUAUGGCGCUGUAUCUCAGCUCCCUUGUACAAGGUUUCUCUUGUUGAUUUUUUCUUGAUGGAUCAGCUAACAAGCCAGGUGCAGGCCAUUCGGACACUUGAAUAUUACAUCUGUUAUUAUGAUGGCUCGGGUGAUUUUAGACACAGAAAAAAUAGCUGCAGCUCAAGUGAAGUUUAUACUUCCUUUUUCUUCAUUUUAGGAGUGAUUCCAUAUUGGGGCCGUUUUGUUCAGUGCCUACGAAGGUUGUAUGAAGAGAAAGAUUCUAUGCAAGGGUAUAAUGCACUCAAGUACUUCUCCACAAUUAUUGCUGUUGUGACAAGAACUGCAUUCACUUUACAGAAGCAAAUGAGCUGGAUGGUUAUGGCUCAAUUAUCAUCUGCCAUUGCUACUAUUAUCAGUACAUAUUGGGACAUCGUCAUAGAUUGGGGACUCCUCCAGCGCCAUUCGCGUAACCGUUGGUUACGAGACAGGCUCCUCAUCCCUCAUAAGAGCAUAUACUUUGGAGCCAUGGCUUUGAAUAUUAUUCUCAGGUUUGCUUGGUUACAGUCAGUAUUGGAUUUUAAGAUACCACGCAUCCAUGGAAAAGCAUUGGUAGCAAUUGUUGCUUAUUUGGAGAUCCUUCGGCGAGGCCUCUGGAAUUUCUUCAGAAUACACCUGAAGACCUUCCUUGUAUCUGCUGAAGAACUGAAGCGCGUCCUUUUCCAGACAUAAUGAAGAACACUCCAAUGUAAAUCUGAUAACAAUUGAUCUGCUCUUCUUGUGCUAGAUGGUCAUUCCCAUCAAGUAUGUAUCAUUUUACUUCAGGCUAUCCAUCCAAAGCAGAAUCCCAAACAAAAGAAACAGGGGUCUCCUUGUAUGUUUUCCUCCUUACACAUGCUGGAGUAGUAUCACUUAUAUGUGUUGUUUUUAGAUGGUUAAUGUGGGAAUUGAACAUGCAGCCUAGGGGUUUAUGCAUAGAGCUCCACACCACUAGGCUAUGGGUAGAACCAAAUGAAUCUUUACUGUGAAAGUUUGAGUGUGCAUUCAUUCCAAAGUUUACAGUUUCCAAGGAAUACUUAUUUACCCAUUACAUUGUACAUGGUUAUGUUUCAGUUCAUAAUUUAGAGUUUGCCAGCUAAAUUUCUCAGGUUGGAGAACGAGCACUUGAACAAUGUUGGCAAGUAUCGUGCAUUCAAGUCUGUGCCACUUCCUUUCCAAUACGACGAUGAAGGUGUGGAUGACAAGGAUGACAGUUAGGCAGUAUCUGCAUCUGUAUUUGAUAUAUUAGUCAAUUGGUUGCAGGUAACAGAAAGUAGACUGUAAUCCAGAGGACUGGUCCACUGGGUCAUCACUAUCUAUUGGAAUGACGAACAGAUAUGGAAAGAGUGCCACUAUAGGGGCCAUGUCCGUGUGUUCGGGUGGCUCCACUCCCUCCAUCAGCAUCGAUCAUUUCAAUGGUGGUCAUGACUGUGGUUUUGAUUGACCACUGGAUUAGACUAUACUUUCCCUAUCACAAUCAUGUCCCAUGCAAAUUAGUGAGUCAGAAAGGAUUUAAUUGUGUUAUUGAUAAACAAUUUGAUUAAAUCGGGAUUUGUAUGCUCAUGCUCAGACAUCUCAUUGGGCAGAAAUGUUGUGCACCUCUUAUGAUGGCUUCCAUGUAAUAUAUUGUCCAAAAUACAAAAACA